CUUGCCUUAUUGGUUGCAGUCAUAUUUAUUCUUGCAAACGAAACACAAGAACUUUUUGGACGAACCAGUUUGUUAAUAGCAGUCGUUGUCAUCUUUUAUUUUCCUGUCAGAACUAUAGGUAUUCAAACAGAAGCAGUAAUAUUAGGUACACUAGGUGCAUUAAUAGCAGCAGCUUGGAGUUUCUUGGGAACUUUCCUCGCAAGCCUUGCCCGUAGCAAGUCGAACCCUAAUCCAAUUCAACCUGGUGCUUGUGCUAUCUUGGCUGUCUUUUUAUUUAUCGGCACAUUCAUUGUAAACCUGGUUCGAAUAAAAGUGCCUAAA